UGCCUCUGUGUGGGUGGGUAUGGAUACAUUUACAGUGAUGAAAGCCCUUGUUCUUCCUAUCAUGUCAGGACGAGGCAAUAAAAUGGGCCGUAUUUAUAAAUAUUGCAAUGUUGAACAUCACUUGGCUCUAGUGCUGAUGCUACUAUCAUACAUGGAUGCAUCGACUGUAGAAGUCCCUACUUACCAGCACGAAGACCCGCUCACACGGCAGAUACUCACAUGCACACGCUGCCCCGCUGGAACCCACAUGAGAGCGCAUUGCACUGCAACGGAAGACACCGUCUGUUCAUCCUGUCCAAAGGAUCAUUUCACACAGUUCUGGAACUACUUACCGAAAUGCCUCUAUUGCAGCACCUUCUGCGUAGAGAAUCAAUACAUUAAGAAAGAAUGCUCUCCUACUAACAACAGAGUUUGUCAAUGUAAAGAAGGCUAUUACUGGCAAGCCGAUUUCUGCAUCAAGCACACAGAGUGUGCAUCUGGAUACGGUGUCCAGCAGAAUGGUACCUUGCACAGUGAUACAAAAUGUGAGAGGUGUGUGCGAGGCACGUUUUCCGCAGUCACGUCCUCGACAUCACCGUGCAUAGAACACACCAAUUGCACAUCAGCUGAUCUUAAAGUGAUACUGAGAGGAACCGACAGCCAUGACAACAUAUGCUCGACAUGCGAGAAUCUUCAGAAUGACGGUGGUUUAUCUAUACUAAAACAUUUCCUGCCAGACUUCUUCGCACAUGAAAAACGCCGAUCCAAACUUUACAGAUUUGUGAGACAUCAUCUUGGCCAGAACCUGCAAGGAAAACAUUCUCUGUAUUCCAAAAAAUCACUCUUACUUUAUAGCUUUUCAGAGUGGAUUAGAGGUGCUACUAUAGACCAGCUGAGAAAAUUACCAGUGCAACUCAGAGAAAGAAGCGUUUACAACACUGCAGACAAACUCUCAAAAAUUUUCAAAGAGUUAGAUGCUUCAAAUUUUGAUUGUAAAAUUGCAACACACUGUAAAUAAGCUUGUUAUGAUUUGGGGGGGAUUUGCUCCUAAAGGCCAGUAAACAAAUAUUUUGUUGAUGUGCAUUUUUUGCUAGUAAAUGUAUAGCACUGUGCUCUUUUUUGUCUGUUGACAUGAUGAACAAGCAUGAGAUUAUGUUUGGGGCUGAAAGAAGCAUUCAUCCCUUUUGAAAAAUAAAUGAACCACCAGUUUGAAUGUUUAAA